AUGGGUUUUUGGCUGCCGCGUCACAUUUCUUUGUGCCGCGCGACAACCGCAAGAGCUUCCUCUUUGAGCUCCUGUCUUAAACUGCACAUAGCAUCGAGCUCCCCCCGGUCGCAGUACUCGACCACGUCAACACCACCUGCCGAGUACGGGUAUAUCCAUGGAGUAGAGCAUCUCAGUGACUACCGGCCUGGCGGCUAUCACCCACUUCAUAUCGACGAUCGACUUCACAAACGAUAUCGAAUAGUGCACAAGCUGGGCCACGGCGCCUUCUCCACUGCCUGGCUUGCCAUCGACGAGAAGACGACAAAGUAUGUCGCCAUCAAACUCGGCACCGCGGAUGCCGAUCGCAGCGAGCUUGAUAUGCUCUCCCAGAUCACACAGAGCCCCGUAAGCCGCAGCAUCUUGGAAGACCAGCCGUCGCCGCUUCCCGUCGUACUUGAUCGAUUCGACGUUGGCGGGCCUAAUGGCACUCAUCCAUGCCUCGUGACCCUUCCGGCACGAUGCAGCUUGCGGGACGCGAGGGAGGCAUCGGGUAGCUUUCUGUUUCAGCUUGACGUUGCCAGAUCUCUUGCUGCGCAACUAGUCAUGGCCGUGUCCCUCGUCCAUGCUAGGGGUUAUGCCCAUGGCGAUCUUCAUCUCGGUAACCUUCUCUUACAGAUGCCCUCAUCACUCAAUACCUUGUCAGUAGAGCAACUCUACGCACGGUACGGGGAGCCGGAACGAGAGCCAGUAGUUUGUCUGGACGGCGAGGCAGCAUCAGCAGACCCCGGGGUUCCUUCUUAUGCGGUGCCUUCAGUAUGGAUGGGCGUACCAAGCAAUGGCAUAACCCUGGGCGAGGCAAAGUUGAUACUAAGCGAUUUUGGAGUUGCCUUCCGGCCGGGCGACAAGUCUCGAUUUGAGUCAUAUACGCCCGUUGUCCUCCGCCCACCCGAGGCAUUCUUUGAGCCCGCAACGCCUCUUACCUUUGCCUCUGAUAUUUGGAGCCUUGGUUGCGUGAUUUUUGAGCUUCUCGCCCACAGGUCGCUCAUCGACGGGUUCCUCGCACCGCAGGACGAGAUCACUGCACAGCAGGUAGAACUGCAGGGUCCCAUGCCAUCCGAGUGGUGGGGAAGAUGGGAGAAGCGGCUGAAGUGGUACGAUGAAGCUGGCAGGCCUUUAAGCAAUGCGUCUGAUAUCUGGUCAUGGGAACGGCGGUUCGAGCAGUGGGUGCAAAAACCGCGACAAUCUCGGGGCAUGGAAACGAUUAGGGAAGACGAGCGGGAUGCGCUGUUUGAGCUCCUCCGGUGGAUGCUUGCAUGGAUACCAAGCGAGCGACCGGACAUAACCAAAGUGCUAAAAGCAAAUUGGAUAACAAGAUGGGCAUUACCCUCAUACCAGAAAGGCUUGGAAGGGCGUUUACCUUGA